CCCUUCACAGCCUGAAUGUCCACAGCUCGUGGCACAUGGCACCUGCCUGUGGGAUUUAGCAGCCAUGUAGGAGUGCCAGAGGCACGCAGUGGCAAGAGAGAGGCUGAUGCUGCAACCAGCUUCUUGAGAGCUGCAAGAUCUGGGAAUCUGGACAAAGCCUUGGAUCACCUGAGGAAUGGGGUAGAUAUAAACACCUGUAACCAGAAUGGGCUGAAUGCCUUGCACCUUGCCUCCAAGGAGGGCCAUGUGAAAAUGGUGGUGGAGCUGCUGCACAAGGAGAUCGUGUUGGAGACAACGACCAAGAAAGGAAACACAGCUCUGCACAUUGCAGCCCUGGCUGGGCAGCAGGACGUGGUCCGGGAGCUGGUGAACUACGGGGCCAACGUCAAUGCGCAGUCGCAGAAAGGCUUCACCCCCCUCUACAUGGCAGCGCAGGAAAACCACCUGGAAGUCGUGAAGUUCUUACUGGAAAACGGAGCCAACCAGAACGUGGCCACAGAGGAUGGUUUCACUCCCCUGGCCGUGGCUCUGCAGCAGGGCCACGAGAACGUGGUGGCUCACCUCAUCAACUAUGGGACGAAGGGCAAGGUGCGCCUGCCCGCGCUGCACAUUGCGGCUCGCAACGACGACACGCGCACGGCCGCCGUGCUGCUGCAGAACGACCCCAACGCCGACGUGCUCUCCAAGACUGGAUUUACCCCCUUGCACAUUGCAGCACACUACGAGAAUCUCAGUGUGGCCCAACUGCUGCUGAACCGUGGGGCCAGUGUCAACUUCACACCCCAGAAUGGGAUCACUCCCCUGCACAUAGCCUCCCGCCGGGGCAACAUCAUCAUGGUGCGGCUGCUGCUGGACCGUGGGGCCCAGAUUGAGACCAGGACCAAGGAUGAGCUGACCCCUCUGCACUGCGCAGCUCGCAAUGGACACGUGCGAAUUGCAGAGAUCCUGCUGGACCAUGGAGCUCCCAUUCAAGCCAAAACCAAGAACGGGCUGUCGCCGAUGCACAUGGCAGCGCAGGGCGACCACCUGGACUGUGUGCGGCUGCUGCUGCAGUACAGCGCCCACAUCGACGACAUCACCCUGGACCACCUCACGCCCCUGCACGUGGCCGCCCACUGCGGCCACCACCGCGUGGCCAAGCUGCUGGUGGAGAAAGGGGCCAAGCCCAACUCCCGAGCCCUGAACGGCUUCACGCCCCUGCACAUCGCCUGCAAGAAGAACCACAUCCGGGUGAUGGAGCUGCUGCUGAAGACGGGGGCCUCCAUCGAUGCUGUCACUGAGUCUGGCCUGACCCCCCUGCAUGUGGCUGCCUUCAUGGGGCACCUGCCCAUCGUCAAGACCCUGCUGCAGCGCGGAGCCUCUCCCAACGUGUCCAACGUGAAGGUGGAGACGCCCCUACACAUGGCAGCCAGAGCUGGGCACACAGAUGUGGCAAAGUACCUGCUGCAGAACAAAGCCAAAGCCAACGCCAAGGCCAAGGAUGACCAGACCCCUCUGCACUGUGCCGCGCGCAUCGGCCACACCGGCAUGGUCAGGCUGCUGCUGGAGAACAACGCCAACCCCAACCUGGCCACCACAGCUGGGCACACGCCUCUGCACAUCACUGCCAAAGAGGGACACGUGGACACGGCCCUGGCACUGCUGGACAAAGGGGCCUCACAGACCUGCAUGACCAAGAAAGGAUUCACCCCUCUCCACGUUGCAGCCAAGUACGGGAAGGUGGAUGUGGCGGAGCUGCUGCUGGCACGUGACGCUCAUCCCAAUGCAGCGGGGAAGAACGGCCUGACCCCGCUGCACGUGGCUGUGCACCACAACAACCUGGAGAUCGUCAAGCUGCUGCUUCCCAAGGGCAGCUCCCCGCACAGCUCAGCCUGGAACGGGUACACCCCCCUGCACAUUGCUGCCAAGCAGAACCAGCUGGAGGUGGCCAGCAGCCUGCUGCAGUACGGGGCUUCGGCCAACGCCGAGUCGGUGCAGGGAGUCACCCCCCUACACCUGGCUGCCCAGGAGGGCCACGCUGACAUGGUGGCACUGCUCUUCUCCAAGCAAGCCAACGGCAACCUAGGCAACAAGAGUGGCCUGACUCCUCUCCACCUCGUAGCCCAAGAGGGGCAUGUGCUGGUUGCUGACGUUCUGGUGAAACAUGGGGUCACGGUGGAUGCAACAACCAGGAUGGGCUACACCCCUCUGCAUGUGGCCAGCCACUACGGGAACAUCAAGCUGGUGAAGUUUUUGCUGCAGCACCAGGCUGAUGUCAAUGCCAAGACUAAGCUGGGCUACACCCCCCUGCACCAGGCAGCUCAGCAGGGCCACACAGACAUCGUCACGCUGCUGCUCAAGCACGGUGCCUCUCCCAACGAGAUCAGCACAAAUGGCACCACUGCCCUGGCCAUCGCCAGGAGGCUCGGCUACAUCUCUGUCACCGACGUGCUCAAGAUCGUCACCGAGGAAACCGACAUCCCGGCAGUGGGUGACAAGCACCGCAUGAGCUUCCCAGAGACCGUGGAUGAGAUUCUGGAUGUGUCAGAAGAUGAAGGCACUGCUCAUGUCACAGUAAUGGAGGACGAGCUGAUGGCACCAAAGGCCAGGACACCUGAACCCAGGGACCAGGAGGGCAAGAGGGAGGUGACCUCGUGGUUCGUGACCACAACGACACUGGAGCAAACGGUGGAGUCUCCAGCUGUCCUGCAGGUCCCCUGCAUCCCCCCUGAGACUGUGGUGACCAGAGCAGAGGACACUGAGCAGGCGGGACCUGGGGAGACAGAAGCUGAGCAAGUCAGCCUGCUGCAUGCACCCUCCGUGUCCCCACAGGAGCCCUCCAAGGAGUUCGAUGAGGACUCCCUGAUCCCCAGCAGCCCGGCCACCGAGACCUCGGAUAACAUCAGCCCCGUGGCCAGCCCCGUGCACACAGGGUUCCUGGUGAGCUUCAUGGUGGAUGCCCGUGGCGGGUCGAUGCGGGGCAGCCGGCACCACGGGCUGCGUGUGGUGGUCCCAGCACGUGCCUGCGCCGCUCCCACCCGCAUCACCUGCCGCCUGGUGAAGCCGCAGAAGCUGCCCGCGCCCCCGCCGCUGGCCGAGGAGGAAGGGCUGGCCAGCAGGAUCAUCGCCCUGGGGCCUGCUGGGGCACAGUUCCUCAGCCCCGUCAUCGUGGAGAUCCCCCACUUUGCCUCGUCUGGGCGCGGGGACCGGGAGCUGGUGGUUCUGCGCAGCGAGAACGGCUCGGUCUGGAAGGAGCAUCGCAACCGCUACGAGGAGAGUUACAUGGACCAGCUGCUCAAUGGCAUGGACGAGGAGCUGGAGAGCCUGGAGGAGCUGGAGAAGAAGAGAGUGUGCCGCAUCAUCACCACCGACUUCCCCCUCUACUUCGUGGUGAUGUCCCGGAUUUGCCAGGACUGCGACUUGAUCGGCCCCGAGGGCGGCUGCUUGAAAAGCACCCUGGUGCCCAUGGUCCAGGCCACCUUCCCCGACACCGCCGUCACCAAGAGAGUGAGGCUGGCCCUGCAGGCGCAGCCCGUGCCCGACGAGCUGGUGACGAAGCUGCUGGGGAACCAGGCGACCUUCAGCCCCAUCGUCACGGUGGAGCCGCGCCGGAGGAAGUUUCACCGGCCCAUCGGGCUCCGCAUCCCGCUGCCACCGUCCUGGAAGGACAACCCCCGGGACAGCGGCGAGGGGGACACCACCAGCCUGCGCCUGCUCUGCAGCGUCAUCGGAGGGACAGCUCAAGCCCAGUGGGAAGAUAUAACAGGCACCACGAAGCUGGUCUAUGAAAAGGAGUGUGCUAACUUUACCACCAAUGUGUCUGCCAGGUUCUGGCUGGCUGACUGCCCACGCACAGCCGAGGCCGUGCACUUCGCCACCAUGCUGUACAAGGAGCUGACAGCCGUGCCCUACAUGGCCAAGUUCGUGGUGUUUGCCAAGAUGAACGACGGCCGGGAAGGCCGCCUGCGCUGCUACUGCAUGACUGACGACAAGGUCGACAAGACUCUAGAGCAGCACGAGAACUUCACUGAAGUGGCCCGCAGCAGGGACAUUGAGGUGGUGGAAGGGAUGCCUUUGCACGUCGAGCUCUCAGGGAACCUGGUGCCUGUCAAGAAGGCGACUCAGCCCCGCAGCUUCCUCUUCCAAUCCUUCCGGGAGAAUCGUCUCGCCAUCCCCAUCAAGGUGCGGGACAGCAGCCGGGAAGCCAGCGGCUCCCUCUCCUUCCUGCGCAAGGCCAUGAAAUACGAGGACCUGCAGCACGUGCUGUGCCACCUGAACAUCAGCAUCCCACCCUGCACCAAGGAGAGCGGCAGCGAGGAGCGCAGGAGGACGCUGACGCCGCUGUCUCUGAGGGAGCGAUACAGCAUCCUGGGAGAGACCAGUUUUGGCUCUCUGAGCAGCACAGACAAGGCAGAGCAGAAGAUGGUGGACAUAGCAGAGCAGCUGGGCCUCAGCUGGGCUGAGCUGGCACGUGAGCUGCAGUUUGGGGUGGAUGACAUCAACAGGAUACGUGUGGAGAACCCCAACUCCCUGCUGGAGCAGAAUGCCUUACUCAACCUCUGGGUCAGCCGCGAGGGCAAGGACGUCAAGAUGGAGAGUCUGUACACGGCGCUGAGGAACAUCGACCGCGGCGAGAUCGUCAGCGCGCUGGAGGGCAGCGGGAGGCAGAGCCGGCAGCUGAAGGGCAGCUGGCGCUACUCGGACAGGGAUUACUCCCUCUCGCCCUCCCAGAUGAAUGGUUACGCUUCGCUGCAGGAUGAGCUGCUGUCCCCUGCCUCCCUGCAUUACACGCUGCCAUCCCCGCUGCGCGCCGACCAGUACUGGAACGAGGUGGCCAUCAUGGAUGCUAUCCCCAUGGCUGCCACCGAGCAGGACGCCCUGAUGGAGAUGUCCGACAUGCAGGUGUGGUCCUCGGGGCUCACCCCCUCGCUGGUGACUGCUGAGGACUCCUCUCUGGAGUGCAGCAAGGCCGAGGACUCUGAUGCCACAAGCGAAGGCCGUUUCCCUGGGCAGCUCCUGGCAGACGCUCAUGGCCCUGACCACAUGGGCUCAAUGGACCUGGUUGAGGAUGACACAGUGGACUCAGAUGCCAUGAAUGGCCUGAUUGACCUUCUAGAGCAGGAGGAGGGGCAGAGGCCAGAGGGGAAGAUGCCAGCCGGUGAUCGCCAGCCAGGCACGGGGGAGCAGGACCCGGAGAGUGAAGUCUCUUUUAUUUCAGCUCAGCAGAAGGUGCAAGCCAGGAUCACAGCAUCCCCCAGCGUUAGCCACGUCGUGGAGAAGGGCACAGACAGGCUGAGGGACUGGAAUGCAGAAGGCUCCUUUAUCUCCUGCCUACAGGACCUGACAGAGGGCUCCUGGCAGGAGGGGGUGACCCGAAGGCUGCUCCCGACGCACGCCACGGCCUCCGGGGCACAGGGCCAGGAGCAAGAGCAGGUCCUGGCGCCGGCCGGGGAGCUGACGCGGGUCAGCUCCGCAGAGGACAGCGACUGGCAGCCCCAGCACCCCGCGGGCCGCUGGCAGGAGGAGGCACACGGCCGCUUCUUUGGGCAGGGGAACGAAGUCCUUCAUCUCCCCGGGGAGCAGGUGACUGAGGAGCAGUUCACAGACGAUCAAGGCAAUAUCGUCACCAAGAAGGUGAUCCGGAAGGUGGUUCGUCAGCUGCAGCCCAGUGACACGGAUGAGAGGCAGGAGCGAGAGGAGCUGAUUCUGGAGGGCUCCCUGCAGGAGCCCCACGAGCUGGAGGUUGAGGAUGAUCACUUCAUGAAAUACUCCAUCCUGCACCAGGACGGUCUGGGGGCCAAGGAUCUCACCUCGACACCAAACCACUGAACUCCACACACGUUCUGACACAGACCUGAGGAGAGAGGCGAGCAGAGAGCGGAGGGGAGCAAGGGCUGGCUGUACAUGUUUCUAUAGGCUAAUGGCAUGAUUUCUGUAUGAGACAAAUACUUUACCGUCCUAUCCGCAUGACUGACUGACUGCAAGACGCAUGAGCUACAGAACUUCCAACCGACUGACGGAGGGGCCGCCCCCAGCCCCUGCCCCGCGGCUGCUCGGAGCCCAGGCGACAGCAGCACGCACCCGGGACACCCUCGCAGCUCCUGGAGGAGGCAAGAGCAGGACUGGCAGGAAAAGGAGAGGGAAGGAGCCUCCAUCCUCACACCAUUCACGUGUGUAAGUGCAUCGCCGUGCAAGAGGGAAGCUGGGGCUGCACGGCACAGCUCACCGCGGGAGGAGGAGGAGGAGGAGGAGGAGGAGCCUGACCCCGCACUGCUGCUGCUCCGCUCGCUUCUCAUCCCUCUCCGUGAGUGUUGGGUUCUGGGGAAGGGCAGCAGUUGUCAGGGAUGGGGGUGUGUGAGAGGAGGGUUUUGAGGGGGCAGAGGGGCUGGUGCAGGGCUGCCUUUCCUCUCCCCAGCACGUCUCCUGCCAGGGCAGGGCUCUGGGCUGAGCACUGAGCUCGUUGCUUGUGUUGAAAGUGUAAACUGUACAGCAAUCAGCCUUGUGUAUAUGAACCAAUAAAUACUAUGCAAACCCCUAGGGACACUCUAGCAGUAUGUACAAAGCACUAACAGCUCUGCUCCCAAAUACCUCUUCAGGCUGCAGAACGGGCAAUACCUUUGGAGUAGGUGAGCAGCUCUGGUGGCUGGAGCUAGGGGGCUGCAGGAGUGCAAGGGCAGCAGCCAGCCCCUGCCCUGUGCCCCUGCGCUGCUCCCGGUCCCUUCCUGGCCUGAAGAGAGGGGGCCCAGAGGUGCAGUCCCAGGGGUGUGAGCCCUGCUUGGUGUUGGCCCCAGCUGAGGGGAAGCUGCAGGCCUGCGCUGGGGAGCUCGGGGCCGGGCAGUGAGGCAGAGCAGGGGCCGCCUGUGCCGCACAGGGGGCUGGGCCCUGCUCUACUCAGCACAAUAUCUGCUCAGGAGAUGAGCCAGGGGCUGGCGGGACGCAGCAGCAGCCCUGCACCACGCACCCCACGCAAGGGCUUUGCAGGGUCCCCCGGGCCUCCCUGCGAGGGCACAGCCCCGUGCCCCCGGGGAUGCCGACCCUGCCAGGACCAACCCCAGAGCCAUGGGGGGCUGCUCCUCUGAGCCUGUGCUUGUGCUUCAGCAGCUGCAAUGCCUGGAGCCGGGGAGCCAGCCACGGGGCAGCUCUGAGGGACACAGUAGGUUGAAUCUGCCGAACUCCCCGGCCCCAGGAGGGCAGGAUGGGUGUAGUGGCAGUAGGUCCCCUGUCUCUGACUCUGCCCUGUACCUAACCACUGUGGGGGCCUGGCAUUUGUAGCACAGUGGGGACUCCCCCUGCUCUUCCAGCCAGAGGUGGCCGUGGGGCUCGUUUUGCGGGGCCUGAGCUCGCUCUCUGCAGCCAGGAGCCCACCUCCAGCAUCAGGGCCCCGGCAGGACAGCCCCUGGCUCCCCCCUCCAGUCAGGGAGGAUCCUCUACAGUGAAGCAAAACGACCCAGCUUAGCCUCGGAGAGCAAAGCAACUCCCUUUCCCCACCCACUCCCUCCCCCCCAAAAACGGAGCCAUAGAGGCACAGCCCCUCCCCGAGCCGCCCUCGCUGUGUCCCCUGAGCUCCCACCGCGCCAGCUCAGCCCGUAGCAUCACCGUAGCCUCGUGUGUGGGUCCCGUGCUUUGGCCUUGUGCGCGCCGUAGGGAAUGUGCUGUGCUGCAACCGUGCCAGGCACCUGCAGUGACGCUGCUUCGCGCUCGGAUCGCUCGUAGGGCUGGUAGGAGGAGGCUGCACCCGACCUUGAGCCUAGAGAAUGCUGCAGUCUGCACACUUAGAAGCUUUUUAGAAGUUUUAAAGAUUACUUUUAUUUCCUUUUUUUAAUUGUUAUGGAAACAAGCCUUUUGGAUCUCCCUGUCUUAGUCCCUGAUGUAUAGAUCGUUUCCCUGUACACUAGCUAUCAGACUAUGAAUUAAUAAAGAAACCAACACAG